AUGGCGGGGAUGCAAUUGGGGCUGCAGGUGGCCUUCUACCUCUAUCCCUGCGGUCUCUUCGUCGCCCUGCUGGGGGCCCAGUCCGUCCAGUUCUGGCGCGAAAGACGUGGCGGACCGCGCCGGGACGCGCCGGACGAGAAGGCCGUCGCCCUGCGCAAGUUCUACAACCGCCUCAUCUGGUUCUUCCAACUGAUCCUUUCCGCUGUUCUGUUUGCCAGCACCAUCGUCGCCGUCCGUGAGGCGUUCGGCGGCCACUAUGAGGGCCCGGCCAAGGUCGACUUUCCCUUCGCCGCUUACAUUGCGUCAUACGUCGCGGUCCUCCUCUACUUCCUCGCUGGCCUGCUUCCUGAUCCCGAGGGACCAUGGGUGCCGACUGCAUGCCACGCCUAUGCCUGGAUCGUCGCCAUCCUCUUCGAAGCGGUGAUUGCCGCCCUCUUCUUCUCGGAGCACCCUUACCUGCGAGUGUCGAAACCCCUUCUAGACUCUCUGUCCUCCCUAGGCUUCGCCCGGAUCGCACUCAUCCUGUUCAUGUCUAUCGCGCUGGCGUUCCGGGAAUACCGAUUGCGACCGUCAACGCCUAGGUCAACCCCGGAAGAGCGACAAUCCCUGCUGCAGAACGGCAACGGCUCGGCCAAUUAUGGAGGCGCCCACCCUCACGGCCCGCCCGCUGGACCCAGGCAACAGGUCCAGGGCACCGGUUGGCUCGAUUACUUUGCUGGCUUCAAAGUUCUCUUCCCUUAUCUCUGGCCCAAGGACUCACCCCUUUACCAGGCAAUCGUCGUCUUCUGCUUGGUCAUUCUCAUCCUGCAGCGCACCGUGAACGUCUUCGCUCCCGUCUUGCUCGGCUCCCUCGUCGACGAACUCGGCCACGGUGGCAUUCCUUACCGAGAAAUCAUCCUCUAUGUCGUCUUCCGCGCGCUUCAGGGUAACCAGGGAAUCCUCGGUGCUCUGAGAUCCGUCCUCUGGAUCCCCGUCUCGCAAUCUCUCUUCCGCAGGCUCUCUUGCGCCGCUUUUGAGCAUGUCCUGGGCCUUUCUCUGGAGUUCCACCUCAACAAGAAGAUUGGUGAGGUCACCAGCGCCCUGAGCCGCGGUGCUGCGAUGAACACGUUCCUCGAGAACUUCUGCUUCCAAGUGUUCCCCAUGGUCUUUGACAUUUUCGUCGCUGGCGUCUUCUUCUUCGUCAAGUAUGAUGCGUUCUAUACCAUCAUCGUCUUCUUCAUUAUGUGGUCUUACAUCUUCCUCACUAUCUACGUCGCCAAGUACCGCGGCAAGCAGAGGAGGGACAUGGCCACGAAGAUGCGUGAGAUGGAGGCCAUCAAGACCGACGCCAUCAUGGCAUACGAGACGGUCCAGCACAACAACGCUGUCGUUCCAGAGACGCAACGAUUCAAGGAGCAUGUCGUGGUGUACCAGAGGGCCGAGCGACUCGUGCAGUGGUCCCUCAACGGUCUCAACCUUACGCAGAGCUCCAUCUUCUCCCUCGGAACCGCACUGCUCGUUGCCGUGUCAGCCUACAAGAUUUCCAUUGGCGAGCAGACUGUCGGCGAGUUCGUCAGCUUGAUCAACUACUUUGUUCAGCUUCAGGGCCCUCUCAACUUCUUUGGCACCUACUACACCAUGCUCCAGAACAAUCUCAUCGAAGCGGAGCGAAUGCUUGAUCUCUUCAAAGAAACCUCCGGUAUCGUCGAGAAGCCCGAUGCUAUCGCGUUGCCGUCUCCUAAGGGAGAGGUUGCCUUCAACAAUGUUAAGUUCUCCUACCAGACGAAGAAGGGCGAUCCCGCCCUCGAUGGUGUCAGCUUCACCGUCGCCCCCGGCACCAAGACUGCCAUCGUUGGAGAGUCCGGCAGCGGCAAGUCGACCUCACUCAAGCUUUUGUUCCGCUUCUACGACGUCCAGGAGGGUGCUGUCACUGUUGAUGGCCACGACAUCAAGGAUCUCAAGCUUGACAGCCUCCGCAGGAACAUUGGUGUCGUCCCGCAGGAUACCGUUCUCUUCAACGCGACGAUCAUGUACAACCUCCUCUACGCCAACCCCAAGGCGUCCGAGGCCGACGUCUUCGAGGCUUGCAAGGCCGCGAACAUUCACGAACGUAUUCUCAACUUCCCUGAUGGAUAUGAGACCAAGGUUGGUGAGCGUGGUCUCAAGUUGUCUGGAGGUGAACGCCAGAGAAUUGCCAUCGCGCGAGCUAUUCUAAAAGACGCCCGCAUUUUGCUGCUGGACGAGGCUACCGCAUCUCUGGACUCUCACACCGAGCGACAGAUCCAGGAUGCCCUGGAGCGCGUGACUGCCGGACGAACUACCAUCACGAUUGCCCACCGGCUGUCCACGAUCACCACAUCCGACCAGAUCGUUGUCCUCCACAGGGGCAAGAUUGUCGAGCGCGGCACGCAUUCCGAGCUGUUGUCUCUGCAAGGCCGCUACCACGCCAUGUGGGAGAAGCAGACCACCAUUGAAAAGAAGGCGCAGGAGAAGACCGAGAAAGAGGGCGAGUCGUCCGAGACGGCCUCGCAGGAGUAA